AUGGUUGAGGAUCCUAAUCUCUACUCUGUGUCUUCCCCACAGCAGCACUGUUUCAUACUGGAUGAACCAGAGUAUUGUCUACAGAAAAAGCCCUUCCUGGUGAUCAUGAUCACAGUGGCUCCGCACAACCGGGUCGCACGCAAUGCAAUCCGUGACACCUGGGCUGGAGAAACAACAGUACUGGGCAAAAGAGUGAGCCACUUCUUUCUGCUGGGUCAAUCUGAAGACCAGGACAAUAACCUCCAGGAUCAGCUGCUGCGUGAGAGCGUGGAACACCGGGAUCUGCUCCAGGGGGACUUCGUGGACACCUACCACAACCUCACCAUUAAAACCAUGCUCAUGCUGCAGUGGCUCGACUCGCGGUGCCCCGGCGCGUCCUACGCCAUGAAGACUGACUCAGACACCUUCAUCAAUGUUCGCAGCCUCAUGAAGGAGCUCUACAGGACUCCCAGACACGGGUACAUGACGGGAAACGUGGUGAGGAAGGCUCACGUUCAUCGAGACCCAAACUCCAAGUGGUUUAUGCCAGACAAUGAGUACUUCGAGUCCAUGUACCCACCGUAUGCGCUGGGACUCUGCUACGUGUUCUCCAUGGAUCUCCCUGGGAAGCUGGUUGUGGCCUCCUGGCAGGUGAAAGCCGUUUGGCUGGAAGAUGUUUAUCUCGGCAUGUGUAUGAGAUAUCUUGGAGUUGAUCUCACAGAUCCACCUGCACACUCUUUAUUUUUGACUUCAAAGAUGUUUCUAUUGCUAGAAGCUCCCUGGAAUCGUAUCAUUGCUGCAGAACUGGAAAGUCCUCAACAGCUUUUGGAUGUAUGGAGAAACUAUAAAAUGGGUAAUUAA